AGCCUUUCUCUUCCUACACAUCAAUCAAGAGUUGCCCAUUACCACGGUAUCAUCCAUUCCCCCUGCCUAUCUUGCCAGGCUUACAAGUUACCGCUUAUCUCCUUCGUCUCCUAUCCAUCCAUCCGUCAACACCAUGGGCGGAUUCGGCGACCUCUUCCGCCUCGGCUCCGUCCUAGGCGGCAACGCCCGCAAGUUCAACCCCGAGAAAGAAAUCCCCAACCUCCAGGGCAAAGUCAUCCUCGUCACCGGAGGCAGCGACGGGCUGGGCAAGCAAGCCAUCCUCGAAUACGCGCGGCACAGCCCAUCCGAGAUCUGGAUGGCCGUGCGGAACCUCGAAAAGGCCAACGCCGCCAUCGCCGACAUCCGCGCCCAAGUCCCCGCGGCCCCUCCCAUCCGCACCCUGCAGCUCGACCUGACCUCGUUCGCAUCCAUCGACAGAGCGGCCGCCGAGUUCCUCGCCGCCGCGACCCGGCUCGACAUCCUGAUGCUCAACGCGGGCGUCAUGGCCACGCCGGCGGCCCUCACGAAAGACGGCUACGAGGCGCAGUUCGGCACGAACCACAUGGGCCACGCGCUGCUCACCAAGCGGCUCCUCCCGCUCCUGGAGCGCACGGCGGCGGAAGAGCCCGGCGCGGACGUGCGCGUCGUGGUCCUGACGUCGCACGGGCACGAGUACGCCCCGAAGGGCGGGAUCCAGUUCGACUCGCUCAAGACGGACGGGAAGGCGCUGGGCGUGUUUGUGUGUUAUGGGCAGAGCAAGCUGGCGAAUAUACUGUUCGCGCGCCGCUUGGCGGAGCUGUACCCGCGCAUCACGGCCGUGUCGGUCCAUCCGGGGCUCGUCAAGACGAAUCUGUACGGGACGGAUCCCAGCGCCUCGGCGGCGGCCAAGGCUAUGGUGAAGGCUUUGGGUGGCUUGUUCCUCACUCCCGAGGUGGGGGCGCGGCAUCAGCUCUGGGCGUCGGUGGCGAAGGGCGUUCGGAGCGGGGAGUUUUACAAGCCGCUGGGCGUGGAGGGGUUGGGCACCCCUGACACGAGGAAUGACGCGUUGGCCGAGAGGUUAUGGGAGUGGACGGAGAAGGAGUUGGAAGCACAUGCUUAGUGGUAGUGGUAAUGGUAGGGGUCUGGCGGUUAUGGUAGUCCGUUGAAUGGCAGUGGGCCGUCCCAGCAUUGCCGAGCUGUAUUGGAAAGUGUGUCUAAAACUACAAUCAAGAGCCAGUUCAGUAGCUGGCCGGUGUGGUAUCUAAAAGUUCUCAGCACAGCCCCCCAACAUGGCCGUGCCGUCCUAGCAUCUCGACCAGUCAAAGGAGACGACGGCUAGGCCAUGAAGGGUAUCCGUACAGUAUAUAAUACAGGGC